AGGGUUCAUCAACAAAGGCAGUGGAGCAUUUUUUGUAAAUGCAGAAACGGUGUCCUUUUCGAACGGGGCAGAUUGUGGAUGAGCUUGUUACUCAGGGCGGCAAGGUCAACCCCAAAGACAAGAACACCCGAUACUUGCUGCAAAACUUCAGAGGACUCGCCAGGGGCGCAGAGGGGGGCGAUGAAGCUCUUGAGGAUGCAUCAGAUGCAGACGAUCCAUCAUCUUGGCCAGUGCCUCCGCCUGUUCGAGGGCGGUCUGUUCCACAAUUUGCUGCAACGAUUGCAACAACAGAGGACAAAGCUGCAAUGAAGGGUGAUGAUGGCACCGGUGGAGGGGCGGCCCGUGUUGUGCUGGCAAAGACGCAGACCACAAUAAGAAAGUGGAUUGACGAUGACGCACAAAAAACGUUGGACAUUGCGCGGGUGGAAGCAAUGUUCAGGGCUGGAAUUGCUUUCAACUUCUUGAACUUCGACACCACACAGGUUCUUCAUGACGCUUACUUGGAGGUUGCCAACGCAAAGCCGAAGGUGAAGUUGCCUACCUACAAGCAUACGUGGACUGUCAUGUUGAACUUCAUCUUCCUGAAGGUUCAAAAGUCAAUCAACCCCUUCACUGCUUGUUGGGACAAAACCGGCUGCACAUUCAUCAGAGACGGAUCGACAGAUCGUAAGAACCGGCCGGUCAUGAAUUUCCUAGCAGCGGGGGAGAAAAGAGCAGUUCUGGUGACCACAAUUUACAUGACUGGGAGGAAGAAAAAUGCAGCAGCAUUGACGAAGUUAUGGGAGCAAGUGAUGAGGGAGAUCAGAUUCAAACGGAUCAACGCGAUCUGCACAGACAACGCUGAGGUUACCAAGAAGGCGGCGCAAAUCUUGGAGAGGCGGACCGACAGAGACGUUGCAAGGAUACCGUGGGAGAAGCUGCAGGAAAAAACCGACCUUGUCUACCACACUGUGAGGUCAGAGAGUUGGUGGGCCAUAAUGAGGAAAAUUGUGGUAAUUGCAGAGCCGGUGUACAGCCUCCUGAAGAGGAUGGACAAGGAAGGAGUUUCUCCCACCAACCUCAUGGAGUUCGACGAUCUCAUUGCGAGGGAAUUAACAAACGUCGUACUCACAAAGAAGGAGAGGGAGGAUGUGAUGGACAAGGUCAAGGACCGCAUGCAAAUGAUGCGGCAGCCCGUUCAUGCAGCUGCGUUUUUGUUGGAUCCACGGAGGAGAGACCCAGGUUGGCUCAACGAUCCGGACAACGCCCUCGUGCAAAACGCAAUGCGCUUCUUCUGCAGGCAGAGCAGAGCGGAGUGGGAUUCGAAGCCACACAUGGACAUGCGGGAUCAUCUGUACGAGCUUUUGAGAGAGUCUGGGGAAGGGGAAGUCAGGACAGAUGAACACAUGUGGACACCAGUUGUCAUCAAGCAAGCAACGCGACGUACGCCUGCGGACUGGUGGACCUUGUACGGUGGGGAUGUUCCACAGUUGCAGCAGAUCGCCAUCAACGUGUUGGGAAUGUGGAGCACGGCGACACCCGCGGAGCGGAACUGGGCAUCGAUGGACUUUGUCCAUUCGAAGCGCAGAAACAGUCUCUCGCCAGACUCCUUGGAGAAGUUGGUUUACAUUCACUGGAACAUGCAGUUGCUACGUGUUCCAAAUAGCAAGGACAAUGGCUACGUCGAUGUGUGGGGAUCCUUCUUCGAGCCGUUGAUGGAGCCGACAGCGAAAGAUGUAGCUGUUGAGGACGCCACGAAGGAUAAGACAACGGACAAUAUUGAAGAGGAAAAGAGGCAAAAGAGACUGAAGAAGACUCCGAAAGACCGGAUUCCGAAGAGCCUGCUGGAUGACGACUCAAGUGGGAGCAACGAAUUUGAGGAUCUCGUGUGGAAGGGGAAGUGUUGGAACGAGUCGACUUCCGAGGAGAGUGAUGGUGAGGAUGACAUUGGGGAGGACUCAGAUUUCGAGUUGGUGGGCAAGCCGGCGGUGCUAGCCUACAUACGUCGGUGGGAGGCUUAGGACGCGAGAGAAGGAGGCAGAGGUGCUGCCUUCCAAAGC